AUGAGUAAAACAUUUAAAGGUGUUAACCCUCGCAGGGCUGCUGGCCCAGACGACAUCCCCAGCCGCGUCCUCAGAGCAUGCGCAGACCAGCUGGCAGGUGUGUUUAUGGACAUAUUCAAACAAUCCCGAUCCCAGUCUGUUGUUCCCACAUGCUACAAGAGGGCCACCAUUGUCCCUGUUCCCAAGAAAGCUAAGGCAGAGGGAGACCACGAUCAAGCCAAAACUGAUAAACAGAAAGCGGAGGAGGACAAACAGAAAGCGGAGGAGGACAAACAGAAAGCGGAGGAGGACAAACAGAAAGCGGAGGAGGACAAACAGAAAGCGGAGGAGGACAAACAGAACAUGGAGGAGGAAAAACAGAAAGCAGAGGAGGACAAACAGAAAGCGGAGGAGGACAAACAGAACAUGGAGGAGGAAAAACAGAACAUGGAGGAGGAAAAACAGAACAUGGAGGAGGACAAACAGAAAGCGGAGGAGGAAAAACAGAACAUGUAG